CGGGCGGGGGCCGCAGGGAGGGCGGCGGCCAUGGUGGAUUACAGCGUGUGGGACCACAUCGAGGUCUCGGACGACGAGGACGAGACCCACCCCAACAUCGACACCGCCAGCCUCUUCCGAUGGCGGCACCAGGCCCGUGUGGAGCGGAUGGAGCAGUUCCAGAAGGAGAAGGAGGAGCUGGAUAAGGGGUGCCGGGAGUGCAAGCGCAAACUCGCCGAGUGCCAGAGGAAGAUGAAGGAGCUGGAGCUGGCGGAGCCGGGCGGGGGGAAGGGGGAGCUGGAGAAGCUCCAGGCCGAGGCCCAGCAGCUGAAGAACGAGGAGAGGAGCUGGGAGAACAAGCUGGAGGAGCUGAGGAAGAAGGAGAAGAACAUGCCCUGGAACGUCGACACCCUCAGCAAGGACGGCUUCAGCAAGAGCGUUUUUAACGUGAAGCCCGAGGAGAAGGAGGAGACGGAAGAGCAGAAGGAGAAGAAGCACAAAAGCUUCGUGGAGCGAUACGAGAAGCAGAUUAAACACUUUGGGAUGCUGAGGCGUUGGGAUGACAGCCAGAAAUACCUCUCGGACAACCCUCACCUGGUGUGUGAGGAGACAGCAAACUACCUGGUCAUCUGGUGCAUCGACCUGGAGGUGGAAGAGAAACACGCGCUGAUGGAGCAGGUGGCCCACCAGACCAUCGUCAUGCAGUUCAUCCUGGAGCUGGCCAAGAGCCUCAAGGUCGACCCCAGGGCUUGUUUCCGGCAGUUCUUCACCAAAAUUAAGACUGCAGACCAGCAGUACCUGGAGGGCUUCACGGAGGAGCUGGAGGCGUUCAAGGAGCGGGUGCGGGGCCGGGCGCGGGCGCGGCUGGAGAAGGCCCUGCGGGAGUACGAGGAGGAGGAGCGGCAGAAGCGCCUCGGGCCCGGCGGCCUCGACCCCGUGGAUGUCUACGAGUCCCUGCCCCCCGAGCUCCAGAAAUGCUUUGAUGUCAAGGACGUUCAGAUGCUGCAGGACACGAUCAGCAAAAUGGACCCCACCGAGGCCAAGUACCACAUGCAGCGCUGCAUCGACUCGGGGCUCUGGGUCCCCAACGCCAAGGGGGGGGACGGGGCAGAAAAAGGCUCAGGAGAGGCCGUUUAUGAGGAGAUCCAGAAGGAAAACGGCGCCCAGGACAAAGGAAAACCCUGAAUGGGGGGGGAGCCCGGAAAAAGGGCAGAAAAAGGGCGGAAAAAGGGUCAGAACAACCCCCCUCAACCCCCCCCCCCCCAUUGGAAAAGCAGCAAAACCCGGCAGGGAGGGGGAGGGGAAGGUUCUGCCCCCUUCCCUCCCCCACUCCCCACACUCCUGCUCUCCCCCCACCCCCCAAAAUCCCUCCCCUCCCCAAAUCC